AUGUCACAUGCAGAGUAUGGUAACAAUAACAUCAUGUCACAUGCAAGUGAUGUUAACAAAAGCAUCAUGUCACAUGCAGAGUAUGUUAACAAUAACAUCAUGUCAUAUGCAGAGUAUGGUAACAACAACAUCAUGUCACAUGCAAGUGAUGUUAACAAUAACAUCAUGUCAUAUGCAGAGUUUGGUAACAAUAACAUCAUGUCAUAUGUAGGUUAUGACAUAAAUAACAUGUCACAUGCAGAGUAUGUUAACAAUAACAUCAUGUCACAUGCAGGUUAUGGUAACAAUAACAUCAUGCCACAUGCAGAGUAUGUUAACAAUAACAUCAUGCCACAUGCAGAGUAUGUUAACAGUAACAUCAUGUCACAUCCCAGUUAUGGUAACAAUAAUGUCAUGUCUCCUGCAAGUUAUGGUAACAAUAACAUCAUGCCACAUGCAGAGUAUGGUAACAAUAACAUCAUGUCACAUGCAGAGUAUGGUAACAAUAACAUCAUGUCACAUGCAGAGUAUGUUAACACCUACAUCAUGCCACAUGCUGAGUAUGUUAACAAUAACAUCAUACCACUUGCAGAGUAUGUUAACAAUAACAUCAUGUCACAUGCAGAGUAUGUUAACAAUAACAUCAUGCCAUAUGCAGAGUAUGGUAACAAUAACAUCAUGUCACAUACCAGUUAUGGUAACAAUAAUGUCAUGUCUCCUGCAAGUUAUGGUAACAAUAACAUCAUGACACAUGCAGAGUAUGGUAACAAUAACAUCAUGUCACAUGCAGAGUAUGGUAACAAUUACAUCAUGUCACAUGCAGAGUAUGUUUACACCUACAUCAUGCCACAUGCAGAGUAUGUUAACAAUAACAUCAUGUCACAUGCAGAGUAUGUUAACAAUAACAUCAUGCCACAUGCAGAGUAUGUUAACAAUAACAUCAUGUCACAUGCAAGUUAUGGUAACAAUAACAUCAUGUCACAUGCAAGUUAUGGUAACAAUAUCAUCAUGUCACAUGCAGAGUAA